AGGCUCCCCCCGUGCUGGGGCUUGCUCUGCCCGCCUCAGGGGCUGCAUUGUCAGCCCAGAGCCAUGUGGGGAUGGCCCGGACCAGCGGGGCUGGCAGGGAAAGCAGCAAUGGGGGCAGCAGAAACGGGCAGUGCCAGAGCUGGGGGUGCUCCCGAAGCCUGCAGAUGUUGGGAGCAUGGACAAGGGGGCCCAGGGAUACCCCAGGAGCCUGAACCAGGGAGCCCAGACAGUGCUGACCACGCAGGACUUCUGGGAUGCCAAAGUGGAUUUCUGAUUCCUAAACUUCGGCUGGAUGGAGAAGGAGGCUGUGAGGAAGAGGAAGAUGUCCCAGGACACCCAGGCAGACAAGGAGCUGAGGAUGGAGACCAGGGAGGACAAAUCCCCACAGCAGAACCUCGUGGAAGAGGCUGUUCUGAGCAGCUCCACAGUGCAGGAAUCCAGCGGCACCAGCGGAUUCACACGGAUGAGAGGCCCUUCCGCUGCCCCGACUGCAGGAAAGGCUUCAAGCGAAAUUCCGCCCUCAUCACCCACCGGCGCAUCCACACUGGGGAGAGGCCCUACGGGUGUCCCCAGUGUGGGAAGAGCUUCUCAGACAGGUCUAACUUGGCCAGACACCAACGGAGGCACCACUAAGGGAAGCCCUGUGAGUGCCCCAAGUGCAGGAAGAGCUUUCUCCACAGCUCCAGCUUCAUCCCACCUUGGAGGAACGACAUUGGUAAGAGACCUGGUGAUCCAUGUUCCCUGGGAUCCAUGCUGGGAAGACACCUGUACCUUUUCCUGCCCAUGGCAAUGUCGUGAUGUGGGAUUAAAGAACAUGAGCGUCUGUCCAUGGCCCUGUCAGUAUAUUAAAUCCCAUCUCAGGUCAUUGCCAGGGGCAGGAAAAGGACUCCCUCUCUCACCAGAGGAGAAGAGUGUCCUUUCUUGGCAGGAGGAAAUACAUGGCCAGGAAGAACCAGUCGGUGGCAUUUUAGUUUUCCCUAUAAAUAAUUUGUCUUAUCCCUUCUGUUACCAGAAUUAUUUCUGAUUGUGUUAAUUCAUCAUCUCAUUGCUGUUCUCAAUAAAUUGUUCUUAUCCCA